CGUUCUACCCCUAUCUCUCUCUCUCUCAAAAAUAAACAAAAAAAACGUUUCGGUCUCUGUUCUCCCUCUCGCUCGCCCGUCUGUCUUUCACCAUUUGCAAAUUUGCAGAGCCAAACAAGUAGGCAGGCAUGAGCGGUCACGAUUCAAAGUAUUUCUCGACGACCAAGAAGGGUGAAAUCCCUGAGCUCAAAGAAGAGCUCAAUUCUCAGUACAAGGAUAAGAGAAAAGAUGCUGUUAAGAAGGUGAUUGCCGCAAUGACUGUUGGAAAAGAUGUAUCAUCAUUGUUCACAGAUGUAGUGAACUGCAUGCAGACAGAAAAUUUGGAGCUCAAGAAGCUAGUUUAUUUAUAUCUUAUAAAUUAUGCUAAAAGCCAACCAGAUUUGGCGAUACUUGCAGUAAAUACAUUUGUUAAGGAUUCGCAAGAUCCAAACCCCUUAAUUCGAGCUCUGGCUGUACGGACAAUGGGGUGCAUUCGUGUUGACAAAAUAACAGAGUAUCUAUGUGAUCCACUUCAGAGGUGUCUUAAGGAUGAUGAUCCUUAUGUUCGCAAGACAGCAGCCAUUUGUGUAGCCAAACUUUAUGACAUAAAUGCUGAGCUUGUCGAGGAUAGGGGCUUUUUGGAAUCUCUCAAGGAUUUGAUUUCUGACAACAAUCCCAUGGUUGUAGCUAAUGCUGUGGCAGCGCUUGCAGAAAUUCAAGACAAUAGUGUCAGGCCCAUCUUUGAGAUUACUAGUCACACGCUCUCAAAGCUGCUUACUGCCCUUAAUGAGUGCACAGAGUGGGGCCAAGUUUUUAUAUUGGAUGCACUAUCUAGAUACAAAGCAGCUGAUGCUCGUGAGGCUGAAAAUAUAGUGGAACGAGUUACUCCACGGCUUCAACAUGCUAAUUGUGCAGUUGUACUUUCAGCUGUUAAGAUGAUUCUCCAACAAAUGGAAAUUAUAACCAGCACCGAUGUGGUUCGAAAUCUUUGCAAGAAGAUGGCUCCUCCUCUCGUGACAUUACUCUCUGCAGAACCGGAGAUACAGUAUGUUGCUUUGCGUAACAUCAACCUAAUUGUACAAAGACGUCCUACGAUCCUUGCCCAUGAGAUUAAGGUUUUUUUCUGCAAGUACAAUGACCCAAUUUAUGUGAAGAUGGAAAAGCUAGAAAUCAUGAUAAAGCUUGCUUCAGACCGCAAUAUAGACCAGGUUCUAUUGGAGUUCAAAGAGUAUGCCACAGAAGUAGAUGUAGAUUUUGUUAGAAAGGCUGUUCGUGCCAUUGGCCGUUGUGCAAUUAAGUUAGAGAGAGCUGCUGAGCGCUGUAUCAGUGUUCUCCUAGAGCUGAUCAAGAUUAAAGUAAAUUAUGUGGUUCAAGAGGCUAUCAUAGUUAUCAAAGACAUCUUUAGAAGAUACCCUAACACUUAUGAGUCAAUCAUUGCAACCCUCUGUGAGAGCUUGGACACUCUUGAUGAACCUGAAGCUAAGGCUUCAAUGAUCUGGAUUAUUGGUGAAUAUGCUGAAAGAAUUGACAAUGCUGAUGAGCUCCUGGAGAGCUUCUUGGAGAGUUUUCCUGAAGAGCCUGCGCAAGUCCAGUUGCAAUUACUGACUGCAACUGUCAAACUCUUCCUUAAGAAGCCAACUGAAGGACCCCAACAGAUGAUUCAGGUGGUUUUGAAUAAUGCCACCAUGGAAACUGACAAUCCUGAUCUAAGGGAUCGUGCAUACAUAUAUUGGCGUCUGCUAUCAACUGAUCCUGAGGCAGCUAAAGAUGUUGUGUUAGCUGAGAAGCCUGUGAUCAGUGACGAUUCAAACCAGCUCGAUCCAUCUCUUCUUGAUGAGCUUCUUGCCAACAUUGCGACUUUGUCGUCUGUGUAUCACAAGCCCCCAGAAGCAUUUGUAACCCGUGUAAAGACUGCAGCACAGAAAACUGAAGAUGAUGAAUAUGCCGAAGGUAGUGAAGCAGGGUAUUCUGAAUCAUCUGCCCAUACUGCUGAUGGUGCUGCAUCGCCACCUACUAGUGCAAGUAAUGUUCCAUAUGCUGGAGCAAGGCAAGCAGCACCUGCACCAUCUACAAGUCCACCUGCUGCUCCUCUGCCAGAUUUGAUGGGUGAUCUGUUGGACAUGGAUAAUAGUGCUAUGGUCCCUGUUGACCAGCCUUCUACUCCUGCUAGCCCUCCUUUGCCUGUUUUACUGCCAGCAGCCACUGGUCAGGGUUUACAAAUCAGUGCACAGCUUAUUAGCCGAGAUGGUCAGAUCUUUUACAGUUUAUUGUUUGAGAACAACUCACAGAUUCCCCUGGAUGGAUUCAUGAUCCAGUUUAACAAGAACUCGUUCGGUCUUGCAGCUGCUGGACCUUUGCAGGUUCCCCAAUUGCAACCUGGGACAUCAGCAGCAACUCUGCUGCCUGUGGCUUUGUUUCAGAAUAUGUCUGCUGGUCCUCCAAGCUCUCUUUUGCAAGUUGCCGUGAAAAAUAAUCAACAACCUGUAUGGUAUUUCAAUGACAAAAUCUCAUUGCAUGUAUUCUUCACAGAAGAUGGGAGGAUGGAACGUGGAAGCUUUCUUGAGACAUGGAGGUCCCUUCCUGAUUCAAAUGAGGUCUCAAAGGACUUCCCAGGCAUUACCGUGAAUGGUGUAGAAGCUACUUUAGACCGGCUUGCUGCAUCAAACAUGUUUUUUAUUGCAAAGCGAAAGCAUGCAAACCAGGAUGUAUUCUACUUCUCAGCUAAAAUGCCUAGAGGAAUUCCUUUCUUGACCGAACUCACAACAGUUGUUGGAAUCCCCGGGAUCAAGUGUGCCAUCAAGACUCCAAACCCUGAGAUGGCAAGUCUUUUCUUUGAAGCCAUUGAGACCCUCCUUAAGGGUUGAUUCAAGGUUCUGCGUCUUCAUAUUUUUUUCUUUUCUUUUCUUAAAUAUUUACAAUUUUUGGUUUAUAUUUGUAAAAUCCGUAUUGUUUAGUGAGGUUUUAAUUGAUCAUUCUGGCCGCCUUAGUUUUUUUCUUCACUCCACCUUGUAUUAUUUCGCACUCUAUUCUUUGGUUGUAUUGAAUCUGUUAUAUCGCCAGGGGGACUCAAACUUGUGUAUUUUUUAAUCAUCCCUGGAAACUUGAGUGUAAUUGCCACAGCGGAAAAAGAUUUUUGAGGGGUUUUCCUCUGGUCAGAGUUGCCAGGUUGGGAGAAAUGCUUUUUAUUA